AUGAUGAAUCAAGAUUACCAUCAUCAUCAUUAUGGUGGCAUGAUGGAUAACAAGGCUCAUAUCACCAUCCUUGCUCUUACCAAUGAAUAUUGCAAAUUUAAACUCUCCAAUGUUGAUACAAGUAUAGCCAAUGCUCUCCGUCGUGUAAUGAUCGCCGAAGUUCCUACUCUAGCUAUCGAUCUUGUAGAAUUUGAAAAUAAUACAAGUGUUCUUCAUGAUGAAUUUAUUGCUCAUCGUCUCGGAUUAAUUCCUCUCAACAGCAAGAAUGUUAAUGGUUUUGCCUUUACAAGUGAUUGUACAUGUAAUGGACAUUGCGAAAAGUGUACCGUCGAGUUAGUGUUGGAUGUAACCUGUACAGAGGCUCAUCGUGAAGUUACAAGUAAUGAUUUAAAGUUGAAAGAUAAAGACAGAUAUGAUGGUGCUCCAAGCACCACUCUAUCAGGUGAUCAACACUCUGAAGAACAAAAUGGAAUUACAAUCGUGAAAUUAAAGAGAGGACAAGAAAUCAAGUUGAAGGCUAUUGCUAAGAAAGGUGUAGGAAAGGCUCAUGCCAAGUGGUCGCCUGUGGCUGUUGCAACCUAUUAUAUCGUUCCUGAUAUCAAGAUUAAAGGACAUAUGAACACUCCAUUGGGACCGACUGGUAAUGAUUAUCAACGUCCUCACUAUGAAGUGGCUGCUGCUGGACAAGCUAUUUCUUCUUAUUGUUUCACAGAAAAUUGUAUUACAGAAGAAGAUAGAAAACAAAUGAGGGAAAUCGUUAAGAGAUUUACAGAAUCAUGUCCAACUAAGGUUUAUUCCAUGACGCCCGAUGAUAGAAUUGUUAUUGAUCUUGAUAAGUGUACUUAUUGUAUGGAAUGUAAGGAAUUUGCUAACGAAGAACAAGCACUAGGACGUGAUUUUGUCACAAUCAAGGAAAAGGAAAUGGGAGGGGAAAACGAGAAUUUAUUUUCACUGUGGAGUCUACUGGAUCUCUUCCACCAGAGCAAAUUGUAA